ACCCCGCGGCUCUCUCACCCUCCAACCUCGGGCCCCCAGGUACACAGCGACUUCACGGCGGCAGCCACGCGGGGCGCCAUGGCAGUCAUCGAUGGCAACGUGAUGGCCAUCAACCCCAGCGAGGAUACCAAGAUGCAGAUGUUCAUCUGGAACAACAUCUUCUUCAGCUUGGGCUUUGAUGUCCGCGACCACUACAAGGACUUCGGUGGGGACGUGGCGGCCUACGUGGCGCCCACCAACGACCUGAAUGGCGUGCGCACAUACAAUGCCGUGGAUGUGGAGGGGCUGUACACGCUGGGCACGGUGGUGGUGGAUUACCGCGGCUACCGUGUCACGGCCCAGUCCAUCAUCCCCGGCAUCCUGGAGCGGGACCAGGAGCAGAGCGUCGUCUACGGCUCCAUUGACUUUGGCAAGACGGUGGUGUCGCACCCACGUUACCUGGAGCUGCUGGAACGCACAAGCCGGCCCCUCAAGAUCCUGAGGCACCGGGUGCUCAACGACCGGGAUGAAGAGGUGGAGCUCUGCUCCUCCGUGGAGUGCAAGGGCAUCAUUGGCAACGACGGUCGCCACUACAUCCUUGACCUGCUGCGCACCUUCCCCCCCGACCUCAACUUCCUGCCCGUGCCCGGUGAGGUGCUGCCCGAGGAGUGCACCCGCGCCGGUUUCCCCCGCGCCCACCGCCACAAGCUCUGCUGCCUGCGCCAGGAGCUGGUGGACGCCUUCGUGGAGCACAGGUACCUCCUCUUCAUGAAGUUGGCAGCCCUACAGCUGAUGCAGCAGAAGGCCAGCAAGAUGGAGAUCCCCCCGUCACUGGAAAACGGCGACCCCCCAUCCUCGGAGUCCAAGCCUAAAGACCCUCCAGCACCCGAGGUGGGAAGUGAGGAGGAGGGCAGCAGUGCUAGUGGCCUGGCCAAGGUGAAGGAACUGGCAGAGACCAUCGCCUCGGACGACGGGACAGCAGACCCUCGCAGCCGGGAGGUGAUCCGCAACGCAUGCAAGGCUGUGGGCUCCAUCAGCAGCACGGCCUUCGACGUCCGCUUCAACCCCGACAUCUUCUCGCCAGGGGUUCGCUUCCCGGAGUCUUGCCAGGAGGAAGUUCGGAACCAGAAGCAGCUGCUAAAAGAUGCCGCUGCCUUCCUGCUCUCCUGCCAGAUCCCCGGCUUGGUGAAGGACUUCGCAGACCACGCGGUGCUGCCCAUGGACGGGGCCACGCUGGCCGAGGUGAUGCGUCAGCGCGGCAUCAACAUGCGCUACCUGGGCAAGGUGCUGGACCUGGUACUCCGGAGCCCGGCCCGGGACCAGCUGGACCACAUCUACAAGAUCGGCAUCGGAGAGCUCAUCACCCGCUCUGCCAAGCACAUCUUCAAGACGUACUUACAGGGGGUCGAGCUCUCGGGGCUCUCGGCUGCCAUCAGCCACUUCCUGAACUGCUUCCUGAGCUCCUACCCCAACCCCGUGGCCCACCUGCCCGCCGACGAGCUCGUCUCCAAGAAGAGGAACAGGAGGAGGAGAAACCGGCCGCCAGGGGCAGCGGAUAACACAGCCUGGGCUGUCAUGACCCCCCAGGAGCUUUGGAAGAACAUCUGCCAGGAGGCCAAGAACUACUUUGACUUCAGCCUCGAGUGUGAGACCGUGGACCAGGCCGUGGAGACCUACGGGCUGCAGAAGAUCACGCUGCUGCGGGAGAUCUCCCUGAAAACCGGAAUUCAGAUCCUGCUGAAGGAGUACAGCUUCGACAGCCGCCACAAGCCCGCGUUCACGGAGGAAGACGUGCUCAACAUCUUCCCCGUGGUCAAACACGUCAACCCGAAGGCUUCAGACGCCUUUCACUUCUUCCAGAGCGGGCAGGCCAAAGUACAGCAGGGCUUCCUGAAGGAGGGCUGCGAGCUCAUCAACGAGGCCCUGAACCUGUUUAACAACGUGUACGGAGCCAUGCACGUGGAGAUCUGCGCCUGCCUGCGCCUCCUCGCCCGCCUCCACUACAUCAUGGGCGACUACGCCGAGGCCCUCAGCAACCAACAGAAGGCUGUGCUGAUGAGCGAGCGCGUGAUGGGCAUCGAGCACCCCAACACCAUCCAGGAAUAUAUGCACCUGGCCCUGUACUGCUUCGCCAGCAGCCAGCUGUCCACGGCCCUGAGCCUGCUGUACCGCGCCCGCUACCUCACACUGCUCGUGUUCGGGGAGGACCACCCUGAGAUGGCCCUGCUGGACAACAACAUCGGGCUGGUGCUGCACGGAGUGAUGGAGUGUGACCUAUCGCUGCGCUUCCUGGAGAAUGCGCUGGCCGUCAGCACCAAGUACCACGGGCCCAAGUCCCUCAAGGUGGCCCUCAGCCACCACCUGGUCGCCCGGGUCUAUGAGAGCAAAGCCGAGUUCCGGUCAGCCCUGCAGCACGAGAAAGAAGGCUACACCAUCUACAAGACGCAGCUGGGCGAGGACCACGAGAAGACCAAGGAGAGCUCCGAGUACCUCAAGUGCCUGACCCAGCAGGCCGUGGCCCUGCAGCGCACUAUGAACGAGAUCUACCGCAACGGCUCCAGCGCCAACAUCCCGCCCCUCAAGUUCACAGCCCCCAGCAUGGCCAGCGUCUUGGAACAGCUGAACGUCAUCAACGGCAUCCUCUUCAUUCCUCUCAGCCAAAAAGACUUGGAGAAUCUGAAAGCCGAGGUGGCGCGGCGGCACCAGCUCCAGGAGGCCAGCGGGAACAGGGAUAAGGCAGAGGAGCCCAUGGCUACUGAGCCAGAGCCAGCAGGGGCCUCAGAGGAUGCGGCCUCCCAGCCCGCAGCUGCCAAGGACCCUCCUUCCCUGAGCUUGCAGGGGUAGGAAGGGAGACACAGACGGACAGUCAGCCAGCUGCCCCGUUACCCAGCGAUCCAGACUCCAGGAGAAGGGGGCGUGCCCUGCACAUCAGGAGAGGCAGCAAGUCCCUCUUCCUCCACGCUUCCAACCCCACCCCGCCCCCAGCAUCCUCCUGGGACCGUGGCCUGCCCUGCCUGACCCUCUGAAAGAUGUUCUUGCACUGGUUCAAAGAGUAUACGACUCAGAGGCCUAAUCGAAGACACGUGAAUGGAGCGCGUGGGCAUCAGUUCCCUGCUGGCGGACAGGUGCCCCCUCGGGCCCCCCAUCCUCAAGCAGGUGUGCGCGAGUGUGUCUGUGCCUGCGAGUGUCCUGAUCCGCCCUUCCUGACUUGUACAUAGCCCCGAGCCGGUUCUGAGUGGGUGGGUGACGUGCAGGUGAGAUUUCUCAGGUCAUUUGUAUGUUUGACAUUAUGGCUGCUGCUUUUGCUGCCACUACCCCCGGGCCCGACCUGGCUGAAAGUCCAGGUUUGAAGCCGAAAAGGGGAGCUUUCCUGUGUCCUGGGAUGGGGAGCCAGAGCCCUGUGGCAGGGCUGGACGGUUGGGGAGCACUUUAUGGCGGGAUGAGGGCCGCAGCAGCUUUACUAACCACGGGUGGGCCUGGCCUGGCCCGGCUGUGCUCGGGGUGGGGAAAGGGUUGGGCAGCGGUGGCUCCCCAGACACCCCUGUGCCCAGCCCCGGCUUGUCGGCCCUUGGGCCCCAGCAGGAGGUGCUGCCUUCCCACUCCCUGCACCCCAGCUGGGGUUAACCUUGGGGUACAGUCUGAAUGUAUCCUUCUCCCCGUUGAACAACCUCAGCUGCCUAACGCACAGUGGGGUGGGGGGGGCUGGGGGACCUGGACCGAAUCAUGGAUCCCGGGGGAGAUGUCACAGAUACAGGAGUGACUGUCCCUUGUUUGUGGAGCUUAGCUCCCUACCUGGUCCUAGGACACACAGGCACCUACAGAGAGGAGCUCUGGGAGUGGAAGGGAGGGGGCUGCAGAAGGUGGUGGGCCCACAGGCCCGGCUGCCCAGGCCGCUUCUCUGGGCCUGCUGUCAGAGCCCUGGCAGGUGGGCGGAGACGGCCACCCUUGCGAGCUGGAGGGAGUGGUCCUGCUGCUGGGGCCUCCGCCUGCUGGCUCUGCGGGGAGCCGCUGCCGGGUAUGGUCUGUCCCAACACCUGGUUUCAAAGGGAGUGGGUGUGAGCUAGCAAGCGAGGCAUCCCCACAGCUGAUCAAGAACUUUUUCUUGUUUUUAAACCAUCAGUCUUCAUUUCACAUUGGAAUAAAGUGAGUUUUUGAAACCUGC